GAGGCACCUCAUCUUGUCCUGAACGCUGACCAUCAGUUGUCCUGAACCACCAUGGCGCUGCAAAUACUGGAUCUUCCGGUAGAACUUCUGAUUCGGAUCAUGUUCUACCUGGACAUGCAUUCCCUCAAGGCUGUAGCGCGCGUCAAUAGACAGCUUGCCGUCGUCGCAAGCGCCCCGGUCUUGAAGAAGCACUACGCCAUGAUAACAACUGGAAUGCGCGACGCCUCGGACAGCACAGUGCCGCCAGACGAUGUUCUCGACGAGUUGAAAGCGUACGAAUAUGCCUGGCGCCACUACAAGCCACAAUGCUCUGUUACGUGCUCCGUUCCGCGCAAUACAGUCGGUCUUUACGAGCUAUCUGGCGGAUACAUGUUUCUGGGCGCAGCAGGACGCCGUGCUCUUCACUACAUGCCAUUGCCAAUGCCGAGUCACCCGACGCCACAGUGGUCUCUUCUGACGAUCGGGGAGAACAUCGUUGAUUUUGCACUGGUAGGUCUAUUCCCUGUCACCGGUCUACAAGCCGCUUAUCGCGUGCAGGCCCUUUACGAGCAUAACCUCGUUGUCGCUGUUACGUCUCACUCAGAUGGUCAAGAGGAUAGAGACGUACUAGGGAUUCGACUGAUCGACUUCCCCUCUGGUCGGCCCCAUCCUCUCGCGAAGCAGGACCGCAUCUUUCUUUGCACGUCUCCGUCGGACAGGCAUCAUCCCUUCCUCGGGAUCGAAGUUGUCGGCGACACCAUGGUCAUCGCGACGCAUUACUCGCGCUUUGACGAUGAUAACAUGCCAAGCACGCUCAGCUUUUGGGAUUGGAAGCAAGGAGUGAAGAAGAUGAGCUUCGACGCCCCAAAAUCCAGCUAUACGACCUUCAUCUUCCUCACGGAGGACAUCGUGCUGGUGCCCAACGCGACGAACGGCACUUUCGAGUACUGGCGCAUCUCGACCACGGACCCAAGACACCCAGCCCCGCUCGCGGUCCUGCACCUGCCGCCACUCAGGACUGGAGUGGAGUACCUCGACCUGGCGUGUCGCGCUGAGCCUAACCCGCGAGCGGACGUGCCGAGGGCGUUCCCAGACGCGCCGCCCAAGGGGGCGCGAAGGAGCAGCAACGCGAGACAGACUUCUUCUGCCGGCUCUCAGAGUACCUCUACUGCCGGCUCGGACCGCACUUCUGCUGCCGACACCGGGCGCUCUGAGCCCUCGUUCUACCCCGCCGCGGAGGACGCGAUCUGCGUGUUCCAGGUGCACUUGAUGCGGGAGAUGAACGAGGCGAAUCAGGUGUUGAUCAUGCAGGACCAUAUGCCGCCGAUCAACCAUCUCGUCCUCGUCGUGCACCGGUCGGCGUUUAUGGAUAUCCUGGGGCGCUUGUUGCGCGAUACGAAGGGCGCGAAGGCUGACGCUUGGUCGUCGCCUGCCUGUGAGGGUAUCAAGCCGAUGGAGACCGAGCCUGCUGCAUCAUCGACGACCGACUCCCGCGCGCCCUCAGCCACCGAGCCCCCCUCAUCCUCAACCGACUCCUCACCCGCUGAGCCUCCCUCCCUCCCCUGGUCCGAAUGGGGCCCGCCCGUCUCGCGCUGGCUCGAUUACGCGCGCAUCAACUACAACUGGAUCACGACGAGCUGCGGGCAGCGCAUGGUCGCCACCCCCGCGCCCGAGGUCCAGUUUAGGGACGGAGACGGCUUCGUGGACGUUUACGACUUCAAUCCGUACACGGUAGAGAAAUUGCGGGAGGCCAAGCGGUUGAAGCAGGAGGAGGCGCGUCGGAAGGUGGAGGAAAUGUACCGGAUGGAAGACGAGAUCCUCAAUGGGACUGGCGGAAGUGGCCUUCCCCCUGCCAAGGAAAUGAGUGAAGAAGAAAUAGAACAAGACGUCGUCAGGUUCAUAUUGAGGGAGUUCGCCCCCUCCAGCGCUACCGACGCUGACAGCGACAGCGACGAGGAAGAGCCCGCGAAUACAGGACCGGUCCUCGUCGAUGAGCUCAGCCGUAUGCGAACGCUGUUCGAAGGCAGGUUGGAGUCUCAGCUGCCAUAUAUCAAGACUACAAGCCCCAAUCCACCCUUCUACUCAGGCGUGAUGGCCGACCAUAGGCGGAUUAUCGGUAUGAAGCAGGACGGCGGACGCGAAAUUGAAGUAUCGUGUUUCCUGUGAUCAAGCAAGUUGCGAAUGCGUAAGUACGGGGAUGACGGGAUCUACGAGUAACAUAUUAUUGUCAGAAGACCAAGGAAUGUAUGCGCAACAGUUUCCAGCCGUGUUUGGGGUGAAAAGAGUGGACGGACGUGGCGAGCAGUUAUGGACGGCUGUUUGUCUUUGUGUGUGCAGUUGGCCAUAAAAGUAUCGUACUUAGUCUAGGGCGACUUGAGUGUCAGUAUCGAAGAGGGCCAGCCGUACAUCAUCGGACCGCCUCAGUAGCUGCUCAGAUUAUAUUACUCGGUCGUCGUGCACACCGCCGCAGGACACGCUUUGACCACAUGCAUCUCAUUCAUCGAUGGACG